AGUGAAGAUAGAAAUGGAAAAUUCAAGCGUAAUUUGUCCUAAUAAUAACACUUUUGCUGGCCACUCAGUGAAUCUUACUGGAAAAGACGGUUCUAAAAACAAUGCCGCAAUUGCUGAUUUAUUUCAGUGUAUGGAAAAUGCUUCUUUAUUGAAUGUUCAUUACUGGGACAAACACGUAUUUAGCUUUGGAACCAUGCUGUUCUUGAUUGGGUUUAUUGGAAAUAUCACUACCCUUUUGGUAAUCAUCAAAACUAAAAGACUUCACACCCCGACCUACACCGCAAUUGCCUGCUUGGCAUAUGCUGAUGUUUUGGCCCUUACGUCACGCUAUAUCAUGGUUUUACCCGAUCCUUGUAAUGGGUUCGAACUCUGUGCCCUAAGCGGUGGAUCUGAGACUUGCCGCUUGACCAACGGAGCUUCAAAUGGAACAUUCGAUUCACUGACUGGUGAACUCUGUAAAUACUAUCAGAUGGAUAAUAAUUGUGGAAGUGGUAUGCAGCUGAAUAGAAUUAGCGGAAACUGUGAAAGUAUACCUGGACAGGUAGCCGGAACAUAUCUAGGUUGUUCUGACUGCGAUUGCAUAGCCUCGUUAUCAGGUGCCAGCGGGGUCUACACAGUAACCAUGAAUGGUGGACCAGUUGACGUUCAGUGCGUCAUGAAGAAUGGCUAUGCCUACACUGUAAUUAUGGAUAGAAACGACGGUAGUGUGGACUUCUACAGAACCUAUGCUGAAUUUGAGACUGGAUUUGGUAGUCCUUUCACCGAAACCUGGAUAGGAAAUCUAUACAUCCAUCUGUUGACGGCCGGGGGUAACACAGUGCUGAGGUUUGAAUUCGAGGAUUACUCUUCAAACACUCGUUUCGCCGAGUACAGUAGCUUCAAUGUUGGAUCGACCUCAACUAAUUAUCUUAUGACAGUUUCCGGGUAUACUGGAGAUGCGGGUGAUAGUAUGGCUUUUCACAAUAAUGCACCCUUUUCUGCAAAAGAUGUCGACCAUGACACGAAUUCCGGAAAUUGCGCAGUGGACUAUAAAACAGCCUGGUGGAAUCUGAGUUGUCUACGAACCAAAUUAACAGCGACGUACGCCUCAUCCGGAAGUAAUGUUAUGGGCUGGUAUGGCUGGGAUAUGUACAAACCUUUGAAGGUCGUGAAAAUGCUUCUUCGCAAACCUUAAAACACAUUCCAAAGAAUGGAGACUGUUUUCUUUUCUUUUUUGCACCUUAAUGUAUUUUUUUAUUGUUUGAUAAUUAUAAUUAAAUAAAUAAAUGGCUUUUCUAAGAACAUUGAUUCAUUCAGUUUGAAAUUCAACCAGAAUUGUGGAGAUUUUGAAAAUGUAGAAUGUCCAAUACCUGUGCACCAUCUAGU